AAAAAAUGCUACAGCAACCUCGUUAUUAUUUUUCAUAUGGCUUUUAUUUUUUCAAUGUGGCUAAAAAAAACUCUGAAAACCGGAAGUUUUGAAAUAGUGCCGCUUGUGUAACACGCGCGUAGUAGAAAGACGGAUGGAGAUUCCUGAUCACACAAGCAAGCUAUCAAGUGUGUCAGAAGAUGAGUUCUCAACAGUAUCCACGACCGGGAAUACCUCCUGGUAUGGGACUAAACCAGACUCCUGGAGGAAACACUGCAUUGCUGUCUGGUGGUCAACCAAACACGGCAGGAGGGGCAGACGAUAGCAACCGUGACCCUCACCCAGACCACGGUCCUCGUGACCACCCCAACAGUGGUGGUGGAGCAUCGACCUUCAGGGAUGACAAGCAGGAGACAGUGGUGGUCCGGCCUUACCCCCAAGCCCAGGUCCAUGGACCCCCCCAGGGUCACCCCACUCCAGCAGGUCAUCUGUCCCUCCAGCAGGGCAUGCCUGUCACUGUGUCAGCCCCUCCGCCACACAUCCCCCAGGGCCUGCCUCUGGCCUUUACUGAAGGACCCAUGAAGCCAGCUCUGAAGUCGCCCAUGGCCGGUCGAGUGAUCGCUCCAGCACCAGCCAACACCCAGGGCCACAUCACCCUGCCACCUAAGGUGCCAAGCCACGUCACUGCAACCAUGGAGAGCACCGUGCCUCAGACCGCCGGCAUCCCUGUAGCAACUAUCAGUGGCCAACAGGGCAACCCCAGUAACCUGCACCAUCACCUGAUGACGACCAACGUGCAGAUCAUCCGCAGCCAUGCCCCGCCCCUGCAGCUCGGCUCCCCUGGAGCCCCCCAGCACACCUUCACCUCCCAUCUACCCAGAGGAGCUGCUGCAGCUGCUGUGAUGUCCAGUUCCAAAGGACCCACAGUACUGAGACCUGCUACAGGCCCCGGUGGUGGUACUGGCCCACCUACUGUCCAGCACAUCAUCCACCAGCCCAUCCAGUCCCGCCCUGUAGUCACAACGUCCACGGCUGUGAUGCCCACGGUGGUUGCCCCAUUAACGGCCACCAGGCCUCAGUCCCCAGUGGUUAGCUCAGCCACGCACUCCGCAGAGAUGGUUCAUGGACGUCCAGGACUAAAUAUCCACCCCCCUUCAGCAACUCUGAGCAUCCAGCGUCAACCCCCAUCUCGGGACAACCCCACACGCAUCACCCUGCCCUCCCACCCUGCCAUUGGGGGUCAGAAACCCCAGCUGCCCCACACCAUGGCACAGAAGCCCAUAUUCAGCAAUGUGACUCCUGUCGCUGCUGCAACUGUUGCCCCUAUAUUAGCCACCAAUACUGCGCCAUCGCCUAGCACUACAGGCUCCGGACCCCACCCCCAAAUGACCAACAGUAACAUCGUCACCAUGACGAUGACUUCUCAUUCCUCCCACGCCACAGCAGUCACCACGUCCAACAUCCCUGUGGCUAAGGUGGUUCCCCAGCCGAUAGCCCACACCUCGCCCAGGAUCCAGCCGGAGUACCCCGGAGAGAGGGGAAACCUGAUCCCCAUCUCUGGUCACCGCUCCUCCCCCAACCCCAUCACCAUGGAGGCCCGCAAUGACAACAGGCAAUCGGUGCCAGUGCAGUUCCAGUACUUUCUGCCUAAUUACCCUUCUUCGCCGUUCCCCCUGACACACACCUACACCCCCAUCACCAGCUCUGUGUCCACCAUCCGACAGUACCCAGUAACCCCGCAGGCCCCCAGCGGCACGGCCAUGCAGACCCAGACGAGUGUGGGCGUGGCGUCGGCGGUGCACCUCAACCCCAUGCAGCUGAUGACGGUGGACCGCAUCGCUCAGAUCAACACGCAGAACAUCCAGCCCGCCGGCAUGGCCACGCAGGGCAUCCAGCCAACCACCAUCAGCGCCCAGGGCUUGCACGCCGCCACCGGUCAGAUCACCGCACAAAACAUCCAACCGGCACCCAUCAACCCACAACAGCCAGCCAAUGAGAACAAGACCUCAAUUGUGUUAGCAGACGGCACCACUCUGGUAACCAACCCUAUCGGCCAGACGUUCAGCAGCAGCCAGCCGCCCACCUCUGUGGGUCAGACACACCCCCAGAACACUGGGCCUGGUGCCCCCACCCUGGUGUCCUCUCCCCGACCUAGCAUCCUACGUAAGAAGCCUGCCAACGAGGGGUCUGCAGUGAGGAAGAACCUGAUCCCAGAGGCCAACAGCCCCAGGAUAGACGGCGGAAUCAGGCAUGCAUCAGGGUUUCCACGCCCAGCAGGUGUGAAACACAAGCCUGAGCUCCACGUGUCCCUGGCUCCCCCGGUGAUGUCAUCAUCCAUGGAGGCUCUGCCCAGCCAUCAGACCAAUGAACACCAGCAGCAUCCCGGAGCCCCGCCACACCAGCAACCCUCUCAGCCAAUCCAGACGCUCCUCUCAGUGUCAGCACCCCCACACUCACAGCCUGGCCCUGCCCUGUCCGCCAUCACUCCACCAAUCUUGUCUAUGGCCAACGUGGUUGUUCCGCCUACCCAUUCAGCGGCCAGUAGCACGGCGGCAUGUGGAAUAAGCUCCACCCUCCCUGAGAUCAAGAUAAAGCAGGAGGUGGAGGCAAUGGAUACCUCCAAACCAGGUCCCCCCACGCCCCAUGGUGGUGCCCCAUUGUUGUCCAUGAUGCCCAGUGGGGAUGUGACCCCCGGGGCCUCACCCAGGAAGAAGCCCCGCAAGCAGCAGCAUGUCAUCUCCACGGAAGAGAGCGAGAUGAUGGAGACCAACAGCACGGACGAGGAGAAGGUCCUGGCCAGACCCCUCAGCAUGAGGGCCGAGAAACGCAAGUCGCCCCUCAAGGAGUACAUAGAUGAGGAAGGGGUGCGUUAUGUCCCCACCCGUGCUCGCCCCCCGGUCACCCUCCUCCGCCACUACAGGAACCCCUGGAAGGCUGCCUAUCACCACUUCCAGAGAUACAGUGACAUCCGGGUCAAAGAGGAGAAGAAGGGCACCCUGCAGGACGUAGCCAAUCAGAAAGGGGUGGUGUGCAGAGCGCAGGGCUGGAAGAUGCACCUGUGUGCUGCACAGCUCAUGCAGCUGACUAAUCUGGAGCAUGACGUGUACAGCCGCCUCACGACCCUCCAAGAGGGUCUGAUCCCAAAGAAGAAGGCCGGGUCGGAUGAUGACCUGCACCGUAUCAAUGAGCUCAUACAGGGUAACAUGCAGCGCUGUAAGCUGGUGAUGGACCAGAUCACCGAGGCUAGAGACACCAUGAUGAAGGUGCUGGACCACAAGGAGAAAGUCAUGAAGCUAAUCAACAAGAACGGUGGAGCCAAGAAGGUCAACAAGCUGAAGCGCAAGGACAAAGCCUAGAACAGAGGUGGGACAACCAAGCCUAGGCUAACCCCUGUACCCUUCUCUUUUUGAGGACCGCACUAGUCUACACCCCUCACUGAUCUGACCAUGAUUUGACCAUGGACAAUUGGCAGAUUGUGGCAGUAUGGUGUCUGGGGUUACUUGUUAGCUGUGCGCGACCGUCCAACCACUCUUGACCUAGAACUGUGACCUAGAACCGAGACCCAAGUGGUCGGCAGAAGGAACAGAUACAGUUCCACUAUGUCCAAGUGGGGAGCUUGUCAACGGACAGGAAUGUACAAGUAUUAAGACUGCUUCAGGAAGUUGGUAUGUCCUCAGUUGUUGAUUGGAUGGCAGGUAGAAUUAUUAUGAUUUGAUUGGUUGAACGAUGGCCUAGAGGCGAUGCACUAUGUUGAAUUAAUACCCUUGAACAUUGUGUGGUGUAAAGCAUUGAUAUGGGUUGGUGAACUAUCAUCAAGUACUUGUGACGUAAUACAUGUGUAAAUCUAUACAAUGUAUUUAUCCUUACUUCACUCUGGUAAUGGGAUCAAAUCAGAAGUGUGCUACCAAGUACAGUAAUUGGAAAUGUCACUCUACGGUCCAAAUGAAGAGUUUUGUAUAUCACAGUAUUCCACAGCUCUUGGGACAAAUAUAUAUAUGUCAAAUACUUUGUCAUGUGCUUGUUUUAGCUUUGAGUUAGCCGUCUGGCAAACUGAAUCAAGUACAGCUUACGUAUUUGACCCCAGGUUCAACGUAGUAUUCUCUAAGUAAAGAUUGUAAAAGAAAGUGCAACUGUCAUCUCUUCUAUACCUUUCACUGAGUACGUGUUACUCUAUUUGGGACAAAAUAUUUAAGGGAUGCCUUUUCUACUGCUAUCAGUAGCUGAGUGUACAAUGUCUGUAAACCUAUAGGGACAAUGUACUUUAGGGGGCUUUAGCUUGGAAUGUUGUACAAGUAUUCCUCUUGGUUUGUGGGCAGAGGGAAAGACACUAAAACUGCAACAGUGUUAUUCGUGGCAGUCUGACAUUUCAAAUGAAGACAUGACUAGCAUUUUGACGCAUCUCCUAAUCAAUCAUACGGUAUCAGACCGGAAGAGGCGAAGCGAGACGUUUUACUCCGCCCAAUAUCUUUCCACGAAAAUAAGCCCACAAAGUGAGGAAUUUUUGUAUGGAGGUCAAUGAGUGUCGAAUUUGGUCAACAAUUUUUUUAACUAAUUAGCUACGUGAGGCUUAUUUGAUUGAAUAUAAGUUUCGCAAUGAUACGGUUGUUACGAAUGCACUGACGUAAGUGGAUUCUCGUGACAUUACGGCAACUUCGGAAAAUAUAAAUAAAUAGCUUUUAUAUCGAGUUGUGCCUGCUGUUAUAGAGAGAGAUGUAGUACUUAUCAUGGGUGUCACCUGUUUUAGCAUGGACAUUGCAAUUGAGGGCUUCCAUCAUUUUAAAGUAGUCAACUGGGUGGGGAUUUCUGAGUUGGGAGCAAUCAACUAAUGAAGAAAAUGUACUACUUUAAAAUGGAGAUGUAACCCUGAUGCUAUAAUGGCACAGAUACAAAGAUGAGUCCUCCAUCUCUAUGGCCUGUUGUUCAAACGCGCAUCUGCCCUCUUUGGCUAGAAUGGUCCCACCUGAUCGCGCCUCGUUCUGCCUGCCUUCCAUCUUUUGAGAACACGUAUUUCCAUUAGAGCGGUUACUCCAUGAGUCUACAGUAGAUAAAAGUUGAAUAAGGAUAGAUCUGUUGUCCUCAGUCGCUACAUGUCUAUUGUCUAUUAAUGUUCUAAUUCUAAGUAAGCAUGCAAAAUAUUGCUAGACAGUCAAUGAGGAGUGUCUCGUUAUAGAGUUAUUUGCUGAAGAACACAAGUUCUUUUAAAUGUAAAUGGACAUGUUUUUAUGAAACCAAUAUGAACUGUGAAUAUACAAGUAUACCCACUCAUCAAAGUGACGCUAUUAUUUGACGCCUUUGGUGUAUGGUAGUUGAUUACAUCAAUACAAGGUCAUCUGUAGCUUCUGGACAACCUUCAGUGGCAGGAAGGUUCUUUUGUGCUUUUUGUAUGCCAUAUCUUGUUGAUUCUGUAUAGUAUCAACUAGGUUUUGAUAAAAUAUGGAUUAAGAACGGUAUGAAACAAGGUGAAAUUGUGCGUCCAUGGGCUUAUAUUGUGCAUAUGCACACAAUGUACAGUAUCUAUACAUUCUUUAAUGUUGUAUGUGUAAAAAAAUAAGUAGAUUUUGUUGAUUUAAAUGGACUUUUUGUAUAUAUUUUUUACCGAGCAGAUUUGCUAGUGUAUUUUUCAUUUAUUUGACUAUGCGUUGUAGCUUAUGGUGAAUGUGUAUUACAUGCAGUUGGGUCUAGAUUAUUACAUUCUGUUUGUUUGUUUUGCCAUUCCCCAUCACUGCAAUAAAGACACUUUGUACUAAG